ACGGCAAUCCAUCCACUCUGUGUAAUGUUCUCUUAAUAUUCAUGUCAUGCAUGUUACAUUUAAAACUCAGUCUAACAUUUACAGCACUUCAUUAAUAUUUGUAGAAUUUUAUUUUUGAAUAUUUUUUAAUGAUGGCAUUUGUGCACACGUUUGUGGACACAGUGUUGGCGAGUAUACUGUUUAUCUACAUUGCAACAGUAACGUGCAAUGACGCCUCUAAACCUUCAGAUGAGUGUCAGGUGACACCUGUCAUUCAUGUGCUCCAAUAUCCUGGAUGUGUGCCGAAACCCAUCCCUUCAUUUGCCUGCACCGGCAGAUGUAGCAGCUACCUCCAGGUGAGUGGUUCGAAAAUCUGGCAAAUGGAACGCUCAUGUAUGUGCUGCCAAGAAAGUGGGGAGAGAGAAGCUAGUGUUUCUUUGUUCUGUCCGAAAGCUAAAGCAGGAGAGAGAAAAUUUAGAAAGGUAAUCACAAAGGCACCGCUGGAGUGCAUGUGCAGACCCUGCACAGGAGUGGAGGAGAGUGCAGUAAUUCCCCAGGAGAUCGCAGGAUACACUGAUGAAGGCCCUCUAAAUGCACACUUCCAGAAAUCACAGUAAAUAGUGAUAGAAGUGCAGCUAAAGAUGACUUCUACAACUUUUAAAAGUUCCUUUAUUUUGUAUAUUUGAUGUGCAAAAAAUAAACCAAUCUGUUACUAG